UGCGCGGGCGGGGCGGCGGCGCGGGGUGCGCGGCUGUGCCCGGCCGUGCCCGCCCGGCCCCGCUGCGGACACUGCGGACACUCCGGACCCGCUCCGGACACUCCGGACCCGCUCCGGACACUCCGGGCCCGCCCAGCCCCUCCCGGGCAGGGAGCGGGGCCGCACAGACAAGAUGAUCGAUACCCCGGCGGGCGGCGGCGCUCGGGACCCGGCGCUGGAGCUGCCCGCGAUGCUGGAGCAGGAGCUGCGGGCUCAGCCCCGCGCCGCCGGGCUCCGGCUGCUCGAGGCUGCCCACGACAAUGGGCUGCGGAUGACCGCGCGGCUGCGGGACUUCGAGGUGAAAGAUCUCCUCAGCUUAACUCAGUUCUUUGGCUUCCACACGGAGACCUUCUCGCUAGCUGUGAAUUUCUUAGAUAGGUUUUUGUCGAAAAUGAAGGUACAGCCAAAACACUUGGGCUGUGUUGGACUCAGCUGCUUCUACUUGGCUGUGAAGGCAUCAGAAGAAGAGAGAAAUGUGCCCUUAGCCACUGACUUAAUUCGAAUAAGCCAAUAUAGGUUCACUGUUUCUGAUAUGAUGAGAAUGGAGAAAAUCAUAUUGGAGAAAUUGUGUUGGAAAAUCAAAGCUGUAACCACCUUCCAGUUUCUACAGCUCUAUCAUUCAUUCAUUCAUGAGAAUUUAAGCUGUGAAAGGAGAAAAUACCUUAAUUUUGAGAGACUUGAGACCCAGCUUAAGGCCUGUCACUGCAGAAUCAUGUUUUCUAAAGCCAAGCCUUCUGUCUUGGCACUGUCUAUUUUGGCACUAGAGAUAGAAGAACAAAAACUGCUGGAGUUGACAGAGGCAUUGGAAUUUCUACAGUUACAUUCCAAGAUAAGCAACAGAGAAUUGACCUUCUGGAAGGAGCUAGUGUUAAAGUGCCUUACAGAAUAUUCCUCAAGCAAGUGUUCCAAACCAAAUGUGCAGAAAUUAAAAUGGAUUGUGUCUGGACGUACAGCUCGGCAGCUUAAACAUAGCUACUACAGAAUAACACACCUUCCUACCAUUCCAGAGGCCACCUCAUAAUAGGAGUACAAUAAAAUGGGAAGACCAUCCUGUGACCUUGUCAACAGGCACACAAAUAUUUGAGAAACAGUCUGUACCCUGAUCUUAAUAAUGAAGAACUCAACUCAUGGAAAGAACAUGUAACAUUUCAGAGUAAAGAUCCUUCCAGCAAAUACCAGUUCUUUUCAUGAUGAAUUCAACAGUAUGUGGUGUCAGUUUUCAGUCUUACUUGGUAGACUGUUCACUAGUCAGUGAAAUAACAGAAUCCCAAUACAAGGAAUUUUAACACCUUAGAGUUUGUAGAGCAGCUUGUUUAAUCUAACCUUGGUUUACAGUAACUGCAGGUGCUGAAUUGGGUAUUAAUUUUUAAAACCUGGUUCACUUUCUGAGGAUUAUGCAAUACUAGGAAAAUCAGAUGUGCAGUAGUGCAGUGCUGCAGUGUGUUAAGAAAAGAAAGACUAAUCCAACUGGAUAACAACAGCAAAUGCCUGCCAGCUCACCUGGUGUGUUGUUUGGGCAGUACCUUGUGUCCACGUGUUCCUGCCAGGAUGGGCGCUGGCCUCCUACCACAGACACAUUAAACAUUAGCCUGUGAUACCCACUGGAAGUGUUGAGUAGGUAGAGCAGGAGAAAAGAGAAACUACUGUGUUCCUUUAGGAAAGACAGUCACUAGUCUCACUGCAGUAUUUUGUAAGAGCUGUAGUUUACUGAUGCCAAUCUCAUUGAGUGUAAAAACUUGGUGAAGUUUUUUUAUCAAUGAGUAAGGGAAAGAACUGGGUCACAUGUAACCCUUUCAUGCCCUAAAUCUGGCAUUAGUUUUCCUGUACUAGAGGUACAUGCUGAUUCUGAACAGGCACAUUGUUACAGGUACAGUAGGAGCAGGGCUAGUUCCCUCCUGUGGCCUUUGUGUAGGAGUAAUCCAGAUGAGAAACACUGAAGAUUGCUUCAACUCUAAUCUCUUAAAUGGUACGCUCCAUAAAACACAACUGUUUGUUCUGAAGACCAGGUCAAUAUUUGAGGUAUUUGUGCUUCUAGUGCUACCAAGGAAGUGAGUAAAAAGAAUGUAUUACUGUAUGUUAGAUAAAAAGAGGUUCUGGGAGAGUGUUGCUAAUGUCCUCUUGAAUUCUGCUGUGGGAACUUGAAUUCCCACUGUGGGACAGAGGCUGUUGGCAAUAGGCUGUUAAACUGGAUUGUAAUAUGGACUGAUGGAGUGGAGAAGGAGAGAUCAGAGUGUGGGAUGAGGUGUUGGCCAGCCAACCCUUGCCUGUAAUGCUACCAGCUGAGGUGGAAACCAUUCUUUCUAACUAGUUAAAGCUUUCACAGAAGAUACCAUACCAAAACUCUCUUGUGGACAAAUCAAGUCUUCUCAUGAGCUCGUGGGAAUGACUGCACUGCAAAAUGUGUAACUGGCUAUCACACCUGUCAGUGCUGCCUGGGCAUUGUGCUGACCUGUGCAGUUAUCCAAAGGUGUGGUCAGGCUACUGGGAGAGGAUGCAAUGUGCAAUUCUAAUUGUCCUGUCUCAAGAUAUGUACCUUUAAAUUAAACAUUGAAAUGAGCUUAA